CCCGCCAUAACGCAGUUCAUUGUGUUGGCGUACGUACGUGCAUCGGUUACGCGCGCGCGCCAUUUUUUUUCCUCGUCAGCUCCCCGUUGCCCGGCAAAUCGCCGACGUCGCCGUCGUACAAACGCCCUGUAAACGAAAUCGCGCGCAAUCCGACGGGAUUUUCGCUCUGACCGCCAGACGACGGUAACCGAGACGUAUUAAUAAUAAUAAUAUUAUUUUAUCGUCGAGCGUGGAAUAACAACAGUUCGUUUGCGUGCUGUCGUUUUGAACGGAAAAAAACAAGGGGGACAUCAGUUUCAGUUCGUUUCAAGCGUGCGCGACCCCCUCGCCAAAACAAACACCCGAAAACCGUUAUCGUCGUCUCGCUUGCGCCCAACGUCGGGCCGGCGUUUCGCACGUAUCAUGGACACAGCCAUAACGAUCAGAUCGGAAGACCGGUUCGACGAUUUGCAACAUUACGACCACGAGGACUUAAACUAUUGCAGCCUGACAAACGCGUCCGAGGAAGGAGUGGAUUCACCUCCGGCAGGACUUACGCCCAUCGUGGUUGGUCAUAGGACGCCCCAAAUGACCGUCAGCAUGGAGCACGAGAAACGGAUGCGUCGGGAGAUCGCCAACUCCAACGAGAGACGUCGUAUGCAGUCGAUAAACGCGGGUUUCCAGAAUCUGCGGACACUCAUACCGCACCACGAGGGCGAAAAACUCAGCAAGGCCGCAAUCCUACAGCACACGGCCGACUAUAUAUACCAGUUGGAGCAGGAGAAAACGAGACUUUUGUCGCAAAACUGUCAGCUGAAGCGGCUGGUGAGCAAACAAGAGGGUGAGCUGUUGAGCACAGCUAGCGUGCACAAGAAACGCAAAAUCGACGACUCCACUGGUGUGGUGAUUUUGAACACGAACGUUGACGGUGAUCAUCGUAGUGGCGCGUUAUCUCCCGAUAACAUCCAAGUGAUCGGAACCGCAUCAGGUUUAGACGACGGAGGACUAAUGAUCGACGAAGUAGCCGAAUUAAGAUCGCAAUUGGAACGAGAGCAAAAUCUACGUGUCGAGUUAGAAGAGCAAGUGAAAGUAUAUUCAGCCCGUUUAGGCGAAGUGUUUGUUGACCAAAAACCUAAUAUAGAAAAUACACAGACUACGAUCCAGUACCACCAUAAUACAAACACAUGUGUGGUCGGAGAAGAAGCUGGUAUGGAAAUUAUUGAAGUGAACGAGUCUGACAAUCUGGUAGUCCAGCGAGAGCCAGAGGAAGACAGUGUACUUAUUAAGACUGAGGCCGCUGACGCACCUGAAGAUGAUCGAUUGAAAGCAGUCGAAGAGGAGCCAGUUUCACAGCAACAGCAAGUACUACCAUCCGCGCGUGUUUACCUCACUAGUACCUCCAGACAAAAUUUGGAGACCAUUGUCGAAGCAAUCAGACACCUAGAGGGUGACCACCUGUUUAGUGAUGAUCAUCAGGAAGCACCCCUUGCUUUAACUAAACAUGCAGCGACUAGCAAUCAGAAAUUGCUAAAGGUGGAAAUGAACCCUUUCCUCCAGUUCCACAGUGGUUCUCAGACUCCUCAGGGUACAACGGUGGUAACAUCAAACAGUCCUGUACGACCGUCCAGACCUGGUGUUAUUGUUGGCAAACAAGCUUCGUGACUUCAUUAAAAAGGAGGUUGUAUAGUUAAUGUUACCACCAACCACCUGUUCUUUCUUCAAUAUUUUCUUAAGAUAGUCUGAAAUACUAUCUUGUAAAGAAAAUUUAAUCUGUUUCAGAUUUCUUAACAAUUUCCCAAUAUAUGUUAUAUAAUAUUAUACUCAGUUGAAAAUAACUUAUGUUUUACAUAUUUAUUAAAUUUAUGUUUUUUAACAUUUUACUAUUGUAAAUACUAAUUAGAAUAUUUACAAACAUAUUAGUUCUCAUGAUGCCACAAGUGAAUACUGUUUAAACAAUAAUAUUUUGAG